AUUCACAAUUAAGUUAACCAAGGUUUCUAGACAAUUCAGUUACAUUUUAAUUUCACCUAAUAGUAAAUAAUUAGCUAGUAAAUUAUCUAUUCCAUUGCUAAAUAACUUUCUAUCUUCUCCCUCAUCCUCUCACUCUGUCAACACAACCAUCAAUCAUCGUUCUACUCUUUUUUCAUCUUUCAUCGCUGCUUUUCACCUGAUUGACUCUCAGCAAGAAGAGGACACUCACGGUUACUGAAAAGACCAAAUAAAAGCCAUCCAAAAGUCCAUUUACCAUUGCCAACGCCAAAUCUUCCAUUGAUAAUCCUACUUCUUCUAAGCUUUCUCCUGAAAAAAAGAGUUGAAAAACAUUCAUCAGUAUAAAAACACCAAUAAAAAUUGCCAAUAUGACCACCAUCAGUCAAUCAGCCAUUUUCACAACACUAGUCAUUUGCUCCAUAACUGCUGUCAUUUUAGCUCAACCCAAUGACCGAAUUACUGCCAAAAAAGAAAACAAUUACAUGUCAGUGAUGUCGGACGCUGGUAAAAAUGUUAUCGAUACUCAACCUGUAUCCUGUUCAAUUUGUAAUUCAAUCUCAAAAGAAGGAUUAACUGAGCAAGAGAUCCGUCGAAUGGGUGCUGCUGGUCAAGAAUGUAUCACUAAUCCAAAAAAAUUCGUCAAAAGCUGUGAUCAAUGGCGAGCUGAUCAUUCAGAUCAUCCAUUAAAUAAAUCAAUUCGAUACACUGGUUGCUAUAAAACUGUCUUCACUCUCGACUAUGAUAUCGAUGGUAACAAGGAGCCAGAGGAACGAGUUGUUCGAAGCUGUGGAUUCCUCGGAACUCCAGGUUGUUUCAACGCUCCUGGUCAUGGAACCACUCAAAAAAUCUGUUUCUGUACUGGCCCUGAGUGCAAUGGAUCAUCAAGCUUGAUACCCAGCUUCAUCAGCAUCGUCAGUUUGAUUGUGUCUUUAAUAUUACUUCGACUUUAAAUAUGCGUCCAAUUUUACUGUCUAUCAACUAAUUUGAUUGUUUUUAAAUGUGUGUGUUAAUAGGCUUGAGUAAAAGUUAGCUAGUUUUAUCAAUUCUUUGUAAAUUAACACUUUCAAAGUAAAUUUGUUUACCUUGAACCUUUUUGAUUGUAAUAAACCAAAUAAAUUGUAUUAUUAAAUUCCUUUUACUUUUAA